GUGGCUCUCUUAGCUGCCGCUUGGCUACCUCGGCCACCUCGAACUCUGCUCGAAGCUCUGCUCAGGUUGGUCUCGCUGCCGAAAAUACAAUUUUGCACAUUCGCCAAUUGGGCUUGGGCUUGGGAGUCUGACGCGGUCGGUCGGUGUUAAAACAACGUUGUCGCGCUUGCCUAAUAACCACUACAAUGUGUAGUGACUACUAGCCAGGUGCCAGGUGCUACAGAUUCCAGGUCAUCAUCGGUUGAGUGAACUCCAGUGCUCCAGACGCAAUGCGAUUGCUCUGGUUGCAGCUUCUAGCUGCCAUUUAUCUCACCAUAUUCAUAGAUUGUGCAACAUCAGCAUCACGUUCCCGGGGAGUUGCACAAUAUAAACUCCCACUGCCAGUGCCAGCCAAUGAAGCAGCACAAAAUCAGGGUGCGGGUGGUGGUCCAGCAGGAGAGGAUCCAUCCAAGCGGCAACAGCAUCAGCAGCGCAGGCGCAUGCAGGUUAUCCGUCGAAGGAAACCCAUUGGAGGAAACUCCACAAGUACUACAACAACAACAACUACAACAUCAACUACUACAACAACAACAACGCCGCGUCCCAGCUUGGCCAACGGCUUCAAUUUCCUAAACCCCAGCUUCUGGAGCUUUGGCCAGCAGAGUCUGGUGGCAGUGCGUCCUCCCACCAAACAGCCCCAUCCGCCCAAGAAGUUCAAGCCCAAGGAGGAGAAACUCAGUCAAAGGAAGCCGGCAAAACCCACCAACAAACCUAUAUCUGUGGGGAACUCAACCACAAAAAGGACUUCCCACAGAACCUCCUCCACAUCCACAACAACCAGCACCACAACGGAGAAACCCUCUACGGAUGGACCCUUUCGUAUAGCCCUGCCCACACUGACCUUUCCCAGUGGCCAGGACAAGGUGGGCGACAAAGAGAAGGGAAAACGGGCCGCUGCUGAGCUUCGCCUGAGGUACGAUUGUCCUCGGGAGAACGAGGUGCGGUUCCAACUAUUCCCGAAGAUCUGUAAAACGGACAGGGACUGCGCCGUCUGGCAGAGGGAUGAGCUAUGCUGCGACAUCUUCGGAGCCAGCAGCUGUGUGUCUGGUGUUCCUAAGCCACUGGAGGAGGCUCCACAUGCUCCUAUUUUGGGUUUAAUACCCCGGAAAUGUCCGAGCAGACCUCUGGCUGAGCUCUGGUGGGAUGUACAGGAGUGCAACACGGACAUGGACUGCUGGCCCCGGGUCUGCUGUCCAGAUGGCCGGAGGCGUUACUGUCGUACCUCGCAGCCGGAGCUGGAAACAGCGCCAGUGCCAGUGAAGCGCUCCUUUGAUUACCUUACGGAGUACUUGGAGUGUACUGCCCCACCCCCGCCCAUUUUUGAUCUCCAUCCGAAGGCCUGCACAUCCACUUUGGACUGUUUCCCCAACGUUUGCUGCCAGGAGGCUGGUCUUCGGCACUGUCGGCCGCCCAAGAAAUCCGUCCUCACACUGAUGGCCAACUUUCUGAACGUCGACUUUGUGAAGCGUUUGGCCCAAAACAUUGUUAUCAAGUAGGCCAUCCAUUUCCCACUAUUUUUCCGUGGGUGUGUAGGUAUGUGCGCCUUCAUUAGAACCGUUUCGACACCGCCGUGAUAUCUCCGUCCGUAUUUGUUUGUCGUCGCUGAUAACCAAAAACAAAAAUCGUUUAUACAUACAUACUAUACAUGAUGUUACUGCGUAGUCAGUUCACCCAACCGAUUCAUUGUAAUCCUCCAUAAAUGUUCACCUAGCCUAGUAUUUAGACUUAAGCUGCAUUCGUAGGCUAGCAAAAAUAAAUGCCAACUAC